AUGACUCGGAGGGAUAACCUCGAAAGGCAUGUUUCAAAACUGCAUGCAGACGACUUGUGGGUUGCUGCUGCAAGCGGUAAUGAGGCUGCUAUGAGCAUGCAUCUCGAUGUAGGAGCGGACAUCGAAUCAAAAGAUUCCAACGGUCGAACCUUGCUAUCAUUAGCGGCUAUGAAAGGUCGCAGGUCCGUGGUAACACUACUGAUUAAAGCGGGUGCAAACAUUGAGUCACAAGACAACGAAGGCUGGACACCUUUGUCGCUGGCCGUCGCGAACGGCCAUGAGGCCGUCACUGAGCUUCUACUCAACCUGAAACUUUGGAACAUGGACCCGUAG